GACGAACAGAAUCGGACAGUUGUGGAAAGAAGCAAAAGAAUGGCACCAGCCCCAGCUCCGCAACCCCUCCUAUCAAAGAAAACUCGGCUGAUGUUGGUGAAGGCACAAGUAAAGCAGUCGGCGAUAGUCAACAGGCUGAUGCAGAUAAAGAAACAGAUCAACAUCGCAACAAGGAUAAUGAGAAGACGGAAAAUGCGGACUGUGCGUCCGUAGCGAUUCGCACUGCAGUGACUGGCGUUGUUGAAGCGGUCUUGGAGGGCAGAUCGCUUCCCGCUGCCCGAGAGAUUCGGCAAAAGAAACAUCGGAAGCCCCCGUGCCCUCUGGAUGAAGCGCAUUUUGCACGCGGAUCAACGAAAAUCGAGGUAGUUCACUUGCCGUGAGUGAAGAAGCUGAACAAAAAAUUUCAAGUUCUUAAAUUGAAUCCAAUCACCCCGCACCUCUCGAAUGUUUGACCCAGCACCUCUAGAGGAUGUUCUAGUUCUUGUACAACUUUUUAUAUCGUUUUGGUAUUUCUUCAUGAUCUCAAACUCGAUUUUUCCGAGCAUCGAGGAUACUGGCUGAUGACGAUACGAUUGCACCUCUCAUCAAACCAACACCAGGCUGUCCGAACCGCGAGGCAUUUGAGCUUGAACUCUAAAGCGGAGAGCGAGAAGGUUUUGAAUGUCGUGCGUCCGAGUUCGGCGCCUGGGAGACUCAUCAGGCGUAGGAAGCGCCGACGUGGAACGCAGGAACGCAGACUUUGGCGCCUGAGAACGCGAGGGGAAUAUGAAGAGCAC